AUAUCCUAAUAUUGAAAAAAAAUCAAUGUUUCAUUUAGAUGGAAUUAAUGUAACCUCCUAUAACGGUGGCUACAUUAUUUUUUUUAACUAAAAUAUUUAAUUCUAAUUUGAUCAAAACCAUUAGAAAAGUUUUAUUUCAAUCUCGUUAAAACCAUACAAGUGAUUUCCGAACCACCAUAAUUAAACAUUUUAAACGACAUUUUCGGAUCAAAAUGAGGGGCCUGUCACCCAAGUGCAUAUAACAUAACCUCAAUUUAGUGUUAGUCUCUUUUUAGACAAAAGAAGUGUUUGCUACAAAGAAAAAUUGGUAAAAAAUCCAUUUUGCAUUUUGCUACUGUCUGGUAGACACGUUUAAAUGUCUGCUCAUGAUGUUUUCUAAUUGAAUUGUGUGAAAAAAAUGACAGAAAAUCUGUUUAAGGAAGUAAAAUACUACGUGACCGGAAAGUUGGACCCCAAGGUGAAGGAACUUCUGAACAAUGGUGGUGCAUCCUGUUCUAAAUUUAUGGUGGACUACAUAACUCAUGUAAUAUGUGGAUUGAAUUUCGACGAAAACGAAAUAUCACAGGCGUCAGACCUAUACGAAUUGCCAUCUGUGACGGAAGAAUGGGUUCAUGCGUCUAUUAAGUUAGGGCGCUUGGCUACUACGAAAGCAUAUGAACCCCUUGGAAAUAAACUUUUCUCUGGUUGUAUAUUUGCCUUGAGUGAUGUUAGUGUAAAAGAUCGAAAAACCCUCUAUGCAACACUCACGUUCCACGGGGCCCAAGUUGAAAAGAAUUUCACUAAUAAAACUACCCACUUAGUAUGUGGCUCAGCAUCGGGAAAUCCGUAUGUCAAGGCUCUGAGUCUCGGUGAAAAAGUUGUAAUUGUAACACCUGAUUGGGUGACAAAGUGUCUACAGACGAAAACCCACGCAGAACCGCUAGACUUUCAUCCUAACUUGAUUAUAAAUAUGGAGAAUCCAAAGGCAAAUGAAGUUGCUCAACAAACACUUGCAAACAUCAUUGGAUUUGACUUUGAAGAAGGCAUUGCCAAAACGGAACUACCAGUUCCGAAAUCUACUGGUGAAAUUGUUCCUGUGAGCUCUACUGCAACUUCUGGACUUUCACAGAGCCUUGCAAUAACAGUCACAACAACAAAACCAAGUCAAACAGUUGCACAGGGGCAGUCAGUGAAUCCAUCCCAAGGAAUAAUACCCAAUCAAAUGGCUCAGAUUCGCAAUACACUCAUUUUGCAGCAACCAACAAGUAGCCCAAGAGCUGCAAUGCAGCAACAGCUACAGAAUAAAAAUAUGAUACAGCAACAACAAUUUCAACUUCAGAUACGCCAGACAAAUUCUAUCCAACAAAAUCCGUCAAAUCAGAGUGUAUUUCAACAGCAAACAUCUCAACAGACGGGUCAGAUGAUAAGUGGUAUAAAACAACAAAUAAAUGUUAAGCAAGGUGAUGUUGAACAUCAAAUGACGCAGGGUCUACAAGCUGAAGCUAAUCAACCAAUCAUCCGUCAGCAACUAAUUCAGCAACAAAAUCCAUCAGGAACUAAUCUUCAGCAUCAAAUAAUCUCCCAGCAAACCCAUAUUAUCGCAACUCCAACAUCUCAACAGAUACUCCAACAGCAUGUUCUCAAUGCUCAAACAAAAACGCAACAGCAGCAAGUUCAGUUCAUUCAGACAACACCGCAGCAAGCACAAAAACUGAAAUCAGGUGCAAUGAUUCACAUCCAACAAAAUUCACAGGGACAGCAGCAACAAAUCUUUUCGAAUCAACUCCAAAGCACUGGGAAUCUGGGGCAGCAAGUGCAAAACAAACAUAUAAUCUUGGGACAACAGAUAAAUCAGACUCAACAAGGGCUCCAACAGCAAUCGCAAUCGAUACAUUCCCAGCAGCAACCACAGAGCAUAGUGAUUAUUAAUCAAUCUUCCCUGAAACCACCCCAUCAGCAAAUGCAACAGCAACAACAGAUCCCACAGCAAUUGACUGGAGGUGGACCCCAGCAAAAUACAUCUCAAGCAACUCCCCAACAGCCGAUUCAGUCUACAUCUCAAGGGCAAUCGCAGAUUAUAGGCCAUCACCCCCAAAAUAUCCAAUACUUACAUACAAUGCAGAAUCAACAACAGCAACAGAUGACAUUUCAGAUGCAGCAAAAGCCUCAACUUAACAUGUCCGGAGGGCAAAUUGUGCAGCAAAAUUCAUCGAAUCAAAAUACAUUGCUAUCACAACAGGGUCAACCUACGCAGCAAGUAGUACAUCAAAUUGUACAGAGUGCCCAGUCUGCUAUUACGGGACAGAGUCAGCAGCAACAGAGGAUGGUAACAAUGGCAGGGCAACAGCAACAAGCAGGUCUGCAGACGGGUCAACAGCAAUGGGCUACACCACAAGGACCAUAUGUAAGAGCUACUCGACCUCAUUGGCAAGGUGGUGCUCCUGGACCACAGCGACAGCUCAUACACUUGGAUGCCCAAACACAUGCUCAUUUGCAAACAUUAGAUCCCGUCCGCCGUGCGGAGUAUAUAGCGAAAUUGCAACAGAGCAAACAACGAGGAAUUAUGCUUCGACAACAGGUGUUUCCUGCUGGUGUACGACCGGGAACAGCUCCACAAGGAAUUGUAACAGCUCAGCUACCAACAGGGGGCCACCAGCAUAUUUUGAUUCAGAGUCAAAUGCCAGGUGGAUUAUCACCACAAAAACAAGUACAGUGGUUACGUCAAAAUCGUCCGUUACUUCUACGACAGGCAACUGCUCCAGGAUUGUCACCUAUUUCGCAACAGUCACCAGCUGCAGUAAUACAGCAGCAGACACCACAGACUCCAAGUCAACAGGCACAAUCUUCAGGUGGGCAUUUUCACCCCGUAGAUGCUGGAACUGCACCACCACCGCACUAUCAGCGCGUUAUGCUACAGAUGCAGCAAACUGGAUCACAAGGACAGACAAAGGUAAUAACGCCAGCUGCUGGAGGUAACCAAGGAGCAACUGGACAAACAGCUGUACCCCGUAGUGGUUUUCCAACAACCCCUACAGAAAUGACACCAAGCACACCAGAAGGAACUGCUGCUGUGCUGCAGACAUCUGCGAUUCAGGGAGUUUCGCAGCAGCCAUCCCAUCCAGAGAACCCUACUGCAGCAGGGCAAAUGAUUAAUAAAACUAAAACCGCAUUGGCUAACAUGCUCAAUAGUCGAUUAAGUGGAGCCAACAAUGGGGCUCUAGGAGGAGCUGGUGUGCCAGAAUCUGAACCGUCUGCCGCGGGAACGCUUCGUAUGAUGACAGCUCAACACAAUGCUGCUCUUAGCUUGUCUGGUACUCCUAGAACUCCUCAGGAUAUCAUCUCUAUGCAACGACGUACUCUGGGAAACAUAACGAACAAUUCAACUGUGGGAUCUGCUGUUACAGCUCAGUUACCACAGGGUCAGAUGCCGAUCGUUGUACCACAAUCUCCAGUUUCUACUGGUCCGCUAAAGGGCACUGCACCCUUCAGUCCAGGUCGUGUACCAAUUCCACCACGCCCUCAAUUUUAUGGACACAAUCCCAACCUUAAGCUACCGCCAGAUUUAUUCCUUCUUGGGUGCACCUUCUUUGUUGUAGAGUACGAUGAGACCAAUAAGACAGAUUUACCAUCUUGGCGUGAGCUAAUUCAAAAGCACGGGGGAGAGAUAGAAUUGUUCUACUGUCAGAAAGUCACUCAUGUUUUAUGUCGUACACAAAGACAUGGUGUGGUGAUGCAAGCAAUAAGGGAUUCGAAGAGAUGUGUCACAGCUUACUGGCUCAAUGACACCAUUAUACGUCGACAGGUCCAACCACCAUGGCAAGCAUUACAUUUACCCGCUCCAAGUACUUUUGGGAUGCAAAAACCUGCGUCAAGGCAUAUAAUUGCCAUCUCGGGUUUCGAAGGAGAUGAAAGAAUACGCAUAAAAAAUAUGGUUGAAGAAUCUGGAGCAAAAUUUACACAAUAUUUUAGCAAACAAAAUACAGUGCUAAUAUGCAAGAAACCCGAAGGUGCAAAGUAUCGACGGGCAAAAGAUUGGGCAAUUCCCGUGGUCAAUGCCACAUGGCUUAGUGAUAUACUUUUGGGUAAUCUCAGCUCAAUGUCUCAAUAUGAGAUCACAAAGUACCAGCAAUAUAAUCUUAUGGGGCCAUUCAGGAUUGAGUAUGGUCUUGUGCCGCAUCUAAUGACGGCAUGGAAAUCUCCGAUUAAUCUAACCCAAGAAUCACAUGAAAGAGUUAAAAGAUGCCUCUCAGAACCAUCAAAUGCUCCAAUAGUAAAAAAGAUGCGAACAUUGCCUCUGUUGGAGCCCAUACCUGAUGAAAUUAUAUGCACCAAGACACCGGAAGGGGAAGAUGUACCAAAAGUUCUUUUUUCUCAAGUCGAUAAUCUCGAUGGAUUGACCAGGGCAGUCACGACCCUUGGUGGAAUUGUAGUGCAGAAUCCUUUAGAAGCGACUCAUUUGGUAAUGACACGUCUCACACGUACGCAGAAGUUAAUGCUGGCCAUUUGUGUGGUGCGUCACGUAGUUUCCACCAAUUGGCUCAUGGAUAGUGCCAAAGAGGGUCAUUUCUUGCCUUUAGACGCCUAUUUCAUCCGUGAUGCCGCCUUCGAGGAGAACUUCAAUUGCAAUAUCCACGAGACUGUGAAAAAUCCUAAUCGUGGACAAUUGUUUAACGGGAAAACAUUCUACAUGACACCAAGUGUACGACCUAGUGUACGUGAACUAUCACAAAUGAUCGAAGUCAGUGGCGGUAAAGUUGAUAAAGCCCGACGAUCUGUGGUUAAAAUUCAAGAGGCAAAUGCACAAUCUCCAGAUAGCUAUAUAAUUCUAAGUUGUGCAAAUGAUUUACAUCUUUUAUCAGAUCUCACUCGUUCUGGUAAACAGAAUCGCAUUAUUUGCACUACAGAGUUUGUUAUGCGGAGUAUUAUGACGCAGAAAAUUGAUAUUGAGCCCCAUAUUCUCAAGUAUUAUUAAAAAUUCUGCGUGUAUGUAGGUAUGUAUAUAAUGGGGUUUCACUAUUUUUUUUCUUUCAUAAUCAUAAGAAAAUAAUAAACUAUCUUUGUGAAUUUGAAGUACAUAAUAUUCUACUAUAAAAUAAUAUAUUUUUAAUGCCCCUGCACAUCCUGAAUGUCCUGAAUUAAAUAAAAAGUGCUUGAACAAA